AUGUCUGACCUCUGGGCCCCCGCUCCCCCGCCGCCGACCGCGCUCGGCCGCCACCGCCGUCUCUCCGCCCUCGCCGGCGUGCACGUCUCGCCCAUCUGCCUCGGCGCGAUGAGCAUCGGCGACAAGUGGGCGCCGUUCGGGAUGGGCGCGAUGGACAAGGCGGGCAGCUUCAAGCUGCUCGACGCGUUCUACGAGGCGGGCGGGAACUUCAUCGACACCGCGAACAACUACCAGGACGAGAGCUCGGAGGAGUUCCUGGGCGAGUGGAUGGAGACGCGCGGGAUCCGCGACCAGAUGGUCAUCGCUACGAAGUUCACGACCGACUACAAGAGGGGCAAGACGGACAUUAAGCAGCACAGCGCUUAUGUCGGGAACAGCACGAAGUCGCUGCAUAUCUCGGUCGAGCAGUCGCUCAAGAAGCUGCGCACCUCGUACAUCGAUAUCCUUUACGUUCACUGGUGGGACUACACCACCAGCAUAGAAGAACUGAUGAACGGCCUCCAUGCCUUGGUGCUCGCCGGCAAGGUCCUGUACCUGGGCGUCUCAGACACCCCGGCCUGGGUCGUCGCCAAGGCGAACCAGUACGCGCGCAUGAGCAACCAGACGCCGUUCUGCGUCUACCAAGGCGCCUGGAACGUCCUGCAGCGCGACUUCGAGCGCGAGAUUAUCCCGCUGGCGCGCUCCGAAGGCAUGGCGCUCGCGCCGUGGAACGUCCUCGCCGCCGGCAAGAUCAGGACUGACGAAGAAGAGCAGCGCCGUCGCGAGACGGGCGAGAAAGGCCGCACGAUUCGGGACCCACGGUGGGAGCGCAACGAGACCGAGCGCAAGGUCGCGAAGGUCCUUGAGGGGGUCGCCGCGAAGGUGGGCGCGUCCAACAUCCAAGCAGUCGCCAUCGCGUACGUGAUGCAGAAGGUCCCGUACGUCUUCCCCAUCAUCGGUGGGCGCAAGGUCGAGCACCUGCACGCGAACCUCGAGGCGCUCAGCAUCGCGCUGGAAGACGAACACAUCAAGGAGAUCGAGGCCGCGGUGCCUUUCGCGCCGGGAUUUCCCCACGACCUCUUCGGCGAUGGAACGGACUAUGCGUUCGCGUCCAAGAUUGCCGGGACGUUCGACGCGUGGCCCGUCCAGAAGGCGAUUCGUCCCGCUUCUACGAAGUGA